AUGGCCUUAACCCUUCGUUCUUCUACUUCUUUUAUUAACAUAAAAGAUAGCAGUAGUCUCAAAACUCCUGAUGAAUUCUCCGGCAUGGUUUGUUUUGCUCAGUUCAAACCAUCAUGCCGGCUCCGGGCGAAAAGUUCAAUGCAACAAGAAACUCAGGUCUGGCGUGAUCAGAUUACGACUUCCUUUCCUUCUUCUUCGGUUCUAGAUGGAAGGAGAGGCACAGAGCAAAGAGAAAAGCUUCAUGGAUUAGUAUCUUCUCACGGCCCGAGUAGUGCUUCUUCAAGGGUUCCUGUUUUUGUGAUGCUACCACUUGAUACAAUAUCAAUUGGGGGGAACUUGAACAAACCAAGAGCCAUGAAUGCAAGUUUGAUGGCUCUGAAAAGCGCUGGAGUUGAAGGUGUAAUGGUUGAUGCUUGGUGGGGAUUGGUUGAGAAAGAUGGUCCCUUGAAGUAUAACUGGGAAGGUUAUGCUGAGCUCUUGAAGAUGGUUCAAAAGCAUGGCUUGAAGCUCCAAGCUGUUAUGUCUUUCCAUCAAUGUGGAGGAAAUGUUGGAGAUUCCUGCAGCAUUCCAUUGCCCCCAUGGGUUCUAGAAGAAAUAAGCAAGAAUCCAGAUCUUGUCUACACAGACCGAUCGGGCAGGAGGAACCCUGAAUACAUAUCACUGGGUUGCGAUUCUAUACCAGUGCUCAGAGGAAGAACACCUGUUCAGGUCUACUCAGACUACAUGAAAAGUUUCAGAGAUAGAUUCAGGGAGUACUUAGGAGAUGUCAUAGUGGAAAUUCAAGUUGGGAUGGGUCCGUGUGGAGAGCUAAGAUACCCAUCUUAUCCAGAAAGUAAUGGAACCUGGAGGUUUCCUGGAAUUGGAGAAUUUCAAUGCUAUGACAAGUACAUGAGAUCUUCCCUACAAGCAUCAGCAGAGGCGAUUGGGAAGACCGACUGGGGCCGAGGCGGGCCUCAUGAUGCCGGCCAGUACAAUCAAUUCCCUGAAGACACUGGAUUUUUCAGGUGGGAUGGAACAUGGAAAAGUGAAUAUGGAGACUUUUUCCUGGAAUGGUAUUCUGCUAAACUAUUGGAGCAUGGUGAUAGAAUUCUAGCAGCAGCUGAAGGGAUAUUCAGAGGUACCGGAGCUAAACUAUCUGGGAAGGUAGCAGGGAUUCAUUGGCACUACAAAACUAGAUCACACGCAGCAGAAUUAACAGCAGGAUACUACAACACGAGACAGCGAGAUGGUUACCUACCGAUAGCACAAAUGAUGGGUAAACAUGGUGUUGUCCUCAAUUUCACAUGUAUGGAAAUGAGAGACGAACAACAGCCUGAAUCAGCAAGUUGUUCGCCGGAAGGGUUAGUAAGGCAAGUAAAGACUGCAACCAGCACAGCUGGAAUAGAACUUGCUGGAGAAAAUGCUCUGGAAAGAUAUGAUUCUGGAGCAUUCUCCCAAGUAGUGGCAACAAGUAGAUCACAGUCCGGAAAUGGAUUGAGUGCGUUCACAUACUUGAGGAUGAACAAGAGUUUGUUUGAACCAGAAAACUGGAGAAAUUUUGUGGAGUUUGUAAAGAGCAUGUCUGAAGGAGGUAGACACACAAGGCUCCCAGAGAGUGAUUCCAGCCGGACAGAAUUAUAUGUUCGAUUCGUCACAGCAAAGGGUGAGACGAAGAAGAUUAAUGAAGCUGCCCUUGUGUAA